AUCUGAAUAGAAUGUCCCUUAGAGCCGAUAGAGGUGGGAAUGUAAGUUGUGACGUGGGGCUAUUGGGUUCCCCCCGGUGUCAGGCAAAUGCCCCAGGGCCCCCCCCACCCCCGGAAUUAAGGGAAACUCAAGCUUUUUAGGCAAAUCUCCUGUAUCUGUGAGUCAGCGCCGUGUCCCUUCUUAUCGGUGUCACCCAGCCGGGGCCUCCCAUGUCCCUCACUUCCUGCUGUCACCCAGCACUUCCCCUGGCACCGGGGAUAAAUGGCCCCACCGCUGGCACUCUAACCACUCACUGAGGGGCCGGCAGCGACGGAAAGGAUGCCCUUGAUUGUGCCCAGCCUUGCCCUGGCACUCCUUGUUGGGAUGAGUUGCUGCCAAGCUACAGAGCUAAUGGAAUGGCCCCUCCAAUAUGCAGUGCUGAGUGACAGUGAUGACUACACACUGGAGUGUGAUACAAAGGAGAGGAACAUCAGGUGGUUGGCCCCAUCCUGGACCUGCUCGGCGCCGGUGGGAAAGGCCCUGUACAUAAGUGACAUUCAGCUGCCUUGUGCCGGCCAAUACCUCUGCCUCAGUGCCCGUAAGGGGCUGCUGCUCUGGUCCAUGUAUCUGCUCAUUGCAGAUGCCAGCCUGCUGGAUGUCACUUGCUUUGUGGAGUCACACACAAGCUCCACACUUCAUUGCUCGGCAGACAUUGAUGAAGAGGAAGGAAUUCUCAGAGCCAGGGCCUCAGUUAGUUCCACAGACAUGCCACAGUGGUACACGGCGACCAUAGAUGGAACCCUCUCCUUCACGCUAAGCAUGGACAAGUUCUGUGCCUUUGAGGAGCAGAUGGAACCCAUUUUGGUAGAAGUCCAGGUGGCAACAGAGAAGAGGUUUAUGUCACUGAACAAACUGUAUUAUAUCAGAGACAUUGUGAAGCCCAGUCCCCCUGAGAACAUGAAUGUCCUCAAACACAACAGGCAACUGCUGAUCUCCUGGAAUUACCCCACACCCUGGUCCAACUAUGCCUCCUAUUUCCCCAUGCUCUUUGAGCUGAACAUGAUUUACCGAAAUGACACUGAGGAGCAGAUAAAGGUGGAGGGGGCUCAGGUUCUCGCGGUCAGCGCCAACGUUCGCACCAUUAAAGGUCGCUGCCGGGAUCUCUAUUACAGGUCGGAGUGGAGCCCCUGGACUCAGGGAAUAGAGACCCCUCUAUGUAAGUAA